AUGAUUCGCCAUAGACCGCUGGACUUGCAUAAUCUGUGGAUUCUUCUAUUGCGCCUAACGAUCCCGGGCCAGCUGUCUAUGAAAAUGUUCCGGAUGAUGGCAUUCGUGAGAUAUCGUGAAGAUGAAGCUCGAGUUGCCGGCAGAGUGUUCAUCCUUGUCUGGCGGGCAAGACCCGGGAUGUGGCUAUAUGCUUGUCCCGUACAGUCACGGAAUACCGGAUUGAAGUACGAGACCAGCUGUCUCUUCUAUAAGAAAUCAUGA